AUGGCUUCUGCUGCAGUCGUAGGCCCAGUCAACGCACAUCUACCACCCACCCACCCAAAGCUGAGCGAGAAAGAAGCAGGCGCUAUUUGCCCCGUUACCUUGGCCACAUUGAACCACCACAAGGGCAAGGUUGCGUUGCACCCUGCUGUGCCAGAUGAUGCGCCAGCUCAGAAAUGUCCAGUCGCUGGAGCGCAGAUGGCAGCUUAG